UCGUCGGCGCUUUGCAUCCGUCCCCUUCGACCAGAAAUCGUGGGCGGCGCGUCCAAUGCUGUGCGAUUUUCGUCGAAAAAAUCGCAUCUACCCCGGUGCGUUCGCCGCCGUUUUUUGGCAAAAAGACGUGUCGCGGCGGAAACCGUGGACUUUCGCGAAAAAAACUACCAAACAUCCGUCACGUCCAUCGGUUAUUAUCGAUUUUACGAACAGGUGUGUUGCCCGCGCGGCUAACGGGCACGCUCCGCCGCAGUGGGCAUGACUGUCAACCGCCGCGGUGUACGGCGAUAUUCCCUAGCAUUUCCUGCAGCGUAGAACCGACGGUAUUUCCCGCACUACCCGUUCAGUUUUGUGCGACCGAGGUCUCUAUUAAAAUAAACGUGUGGCUUAUCGAAUAUAUUGUACUUACCUUAUAUUAGCUAUACCUACAUCGCAUUAUAUUAUACGUGAUCGUCAACACAGUCGUACGUUAAAUUCAUUAUAAUAAAAUAAUAACGCGUGUACCGCUGUCAACUGACCCAUAAUAAUAAUACCUAUACAUAUAUAUAAUUAUAAUUAUAUAUAUAUAUUGUAUAGGAAUAGGAAGGUUUUUUUUACAUUAAUAGUUAUAGUAUAGCGUAUUUUACGUCACGAUAUCGAUUAUAAGCAGUGUAGAAAAAGCUCUGCAGGACGAUCCCGUAAAUGUUUCAAGUGCGUGAUAGUAUCGUUCGCGAUCAACAAACGACGUAUAAGCGAUUUAUUACAGCAACAGAAGUAUAUUAGAAAUUGACCAUAAUUGUUUAUUGUGGCUAUCGCAAUAGCUCGACGAAGGGGACGCAAUGGUUUGUGUGCCCUUGGUACCGCCUUGGUUAGACACUGGCUGACUAGUUUUUUGAUGGGAUCGUUAUUCGCAUCGUUAAUCAUAUACUAUGCUGUAUUAAACCAACGAGUUCCAGCCUUAACAUACGUGGAAAGUAGCAACUACGAAGUUCGAGAACAUGAAUCAACGUCAGAAGCCAUGGAAAAAGAGCUGAGAUUAUUAAGAAGGCAACUUAGUAUGACACAAAAUCAUUUAUUAGCUGCAAUGAAGACGUCACUGUUUCCGGUUUCACCAACUGAUUCACCACAGUUAUUACCAGAGACUCCUGCGCCUUGCUCUUCUCAAAAAAUUAAAGACACGAUAGAUAAAUGCGAAGUGAUUGAAGUCGGAAUCGUGUGUGCUGGUUAUAAUUCUACACGUUCAGUAGUAACGCUAAUCAAAUCAAUACUAUUUUAUCGUAAAAACCCAUUAAGAUUUCAUUUCGUCGUAGAUGUUAUAUCAAGAAAAAUUUUAAAAACUUUGUUCGAUACUUGGAAAAUACCCCAAUUGGAGAUAGAGUUUUAUCCAGCUGAAAAAAUUAUAGCUGAUGUCUCUUGGAUAAAUAACAAGCAUUAUUCUGGGGUCUAUGGUUUGAUGAAACUAUGCUUAACUCAAGUAUUUCCAGACACGUUGAAACAGGUCCUAGUUUUGGAUACAGAUAUUACUUUCGCAACGGAUAUUGCUCAAUUGUGGUCUAUGUUAAAAAGUUUUAAAAAAGGACAAUCGUUAGGAUUGGUCGAGAAUCAAAGCGAUUGGUAUCUUGGCAAACUAUGGAAAAAACAUAAGCCAUGGCCUGCGCUCGGCCGAGGUUACAACACGGGUGUGAUAUUGAUGGACUUACGAAAAUUACGUUUAAUUGGCUGGAACGGAUUAUGGAGAUCUGUUGCAGUAAAAACUCUAGUCACGCAUUACUGGACCAGUCUGGCUGAUCAAGACAUUUUUAACACAAUUAUUAAAGAACGACCGGAACUUCUAUACCCCAUGCCAUGCCAAUGGAAUGUGCAACUCAGUGACAAUACUAGGAGUGAACUGUGUUACGCCGAAGUUAUCGAGUUAAAGAUAAUUCAUUGGAAUUCACCAAAAAAGCUAAAAGUUAAAAACAAACAUGUUGAAUUUUUUCGAAAUUUAUAUCUUACAUUCCUGGAGUACGAUGGAAACUUGCUUCAGAGAGAAUUAUUUGGUUGUAAUUAUUCAUCUACUAUUCAAGAUGUACCGGAAAUUAGUGAAGAUGAUCUUUGUUACGAGUUCAGAAGAGCUGGCAUGGCUAGUCUAAGGACUCACUUAUAUUUUUUGGAUUUCGAAUACCAGUCAUCACCAGAUGAAUGCGACAUUACACUGGUCGCCCAGCUAUCGAUGGAUAGACUUCAAAUGGUUGAAAUGUUAUGCGAGUAUUGGGAUGGUCCAAUAAGUUUAAGUCUUUAUAUGUCCGAUGCCGAGGCUCAACAGUUUUUGAGCUACGCUCAAAAUUCUGAAGUGCUAAGGAAUCGUAAAAAUAUUGGAUACCACGUAGUUUAUAAGGAAGGGGACUUUUACCCCAUAAAUUUACUGAGGAAUGUUGCUUUGGAAAAUGUCGUAACACCCUAUGUAUUCUUAUCUGACAUCGAUUUCUUGCCAAUGAGCGGACUAUACUCGUAUUUGAAAAAGUACAUAUUUAUAAUGAACAUCAAGUCUUCCGAUAAAGCGUUAGUCGUACCUGCCUUUGAAACUCAAAGAUAUAGAACUGCAUUUCCGCAAACAAAAGCCGAUAUACUGAGAAUGUUGGACGACGGAGCAUUAUUCUCAUUUAGGUAUCAUGUGUGGCCAAAAGGGCACGCGGCAACAAAUUACGCCAAAUGGAAAGGAUCUACUGUUCCGUACAAAGUAUCAUGGGAACCAGAUUAUGAACCCUAUGUAGUGGUACGCAGUGAUGUUCCAAGAUAUGAUACCAGAUUUGUCGGUUUCGGCUGGAACAAAGUCUCACAUAUCAUGGAGCUUGAGGCUCGAGGGUACACUUUUAUUGUUCUUCCAAAUGCGUUUAUAAUUCAUAUGCCUCACGCGCCGAGUUUCGAUAUUGCCAAAUUUCGAGGGUCAUCUCAAUAUAGAAGAUGCUUAAAAAUUCUUAAGAACGAGUUCAUAGAAGACUUACGCAUAAGAUAUUCAAAACGAUUGAAUCACACCGAGAGUUAAAUUCAAAUUAAUUUUUUUAAAACAAAAUAAUAUGUAUGUCUUAUUGCGACCCGCAUUAUCUUUUUAGACCAAAAUAUCGUUUAUAUUUAUUUAUAAAGCAGUUGUUUUUUUUCGUUCGAAAUAUGCGUUGAUUUCUAGCUCAAUAGAUUAUAAUUAAUUAAUAGUAUAUUAAAUAUUUAUUUAUUUUUUAAAUAUUUGUAAUUUUUAUAAUACGUUGUAUUUUAUUGUUGUGUAAAAUGUUCCUGUUUUGGUUUUCAAAAUAAUUGUAUAAUAGCUAUUUAUAAAAUUUGUCUGGAUCAAAAUAAAUGAAGUGUUAUUUUUUCUUUAAUGUA